CACCAGCAGAGGGGCUAGCGCUGACUGCGCCGGUUGGCCACAUCACACGAAGUCGAUGCGUCGUGUAACGAUCACCGGUGAUUCACAACCAGAAUGACUACAUACACGAACAAGGGCCCGAAGCCUGAGAAAGGACGUUUCAUAGCAUUUGAUCACCUGACAUUCUGGGUUGGAAAUGCUAAACAGGCAGCCUCGUACUAUUGUACUCGUAUGGGGUUCCAACCCUAUGCCUACAAGGGCUUGGAAACAGGAAGCAGGGAAGUGGUUUCGCAUGCUGUCAAACAAGACAAGAUCAUAUUUGUUUUCCAAUCACCAUUGAACCCAUCGGGAAAAACAACCGAGGAGAUGGGUAGGCACCUGACUCUGCAUGGUGAUGGUGUGAAAGACAUUGCCUUCGAAGUGGAAGACCUUAUAUCCAUCUACAAGAAAGCAGUUGAACGAGGUGCCACCAGUGUCAAGGAACCAUGGGAGGAGUUUGAUGAAGAUGGCUCUGUCAUGUUUGCCCAGAUCCAAACGUACGGGGAUACUACUCAUACAUUUGUGGAGAGACGCAAUUACCAGGGCCUAUUUUUGCCAGGAUACAAGCCAGCCAUGUAUAAGGAUCCUCUUGUGAACCUCUUGCCUCCUGGUAAAUUGAAAUUUGUUGAUCACGUGGUUGGAAACCAGCCAGAAGAUGACAUGGAGACAGUUGCUGAGUGGUAUGAGAAAAACCUGAUUUUCCAUCGCUUCUGGUCAGUAGAUGAUAAACAGAUUCACACCGAGUUCAGUGCACUGCGAUCUAUUGUUGUCACCAACUAUGAGGAGACAAUCAAGAUGCCGAUCAACGAACCUGCAAACGGCAAACGAAAGAGCCAAAUCCAGGAGUACGUGGACUUCUAUGGAACUGCAGGAGUCCAGCACAUUGCUAUGAACACAGACAACAUCAUUGAUGCUGUUGGCAACCUCAAGGCCAGAGGCCAGGAAUUCUUGACCAUACCUUCCACCUAUUAUAAGAACCUGAGGGAGCGGCUCAAGUCGGCCAAGAUAAAAGUCACGGAGGACCUGGACGUGAUUGAGAAGCUGAACAUCCUGAUUGACUUUGACCAGGAAGGCUACCUGCUGCAGAUAUUCACCAAACCUGUCGAGGAUCGCCCUACCCUGUUCCUUGAGGUUAUUCAACGCCAUAACCAUCAAGGUUUCGGCGCGGGAAAUUUCAAGUCUCUGUUUGAGGCCAUUGAGCAGGCCCAGGCAGAGAGAGGCAAUCUUAACUAAUCUUCACAUCCUCCUUUAAUGGUGGAGAGAACGGAAACUGCACGGAAACCUGCCACCAUACCCAGGCUGUGACACAUUUGGAGGAUAUGCAUAUUAGGUAGAUCUGACCCAGUCCACAGUCCGCCUAAAUCCUUACCAUCAAAAAUUGAAGCUUACCUCCUCAUAAACACACUGAGUGUCACUUGAGAGGUAACAUUUGCAGAAGUUGUGUUACAGAAGUAGUCUUGUUUGCAUUGGGAGCUUGACCAGUCUUCAAAGUCUGCUGAGUGUGGACCGGUGGAGUCUAGUUGAGUAAUGUUAUCUGGAGUUUCUUCUUAGAGAGCGAAUAUGCACACUCCAGAGAAUUUUUCUAUUUUGGAUGAGGUCAACCAUUGUGGUGGCAUAACUAAUCUGUUUCCCCACCAGCAUUUACAGGACAUCAAAGCACUCCAGAAUAACAGUAACCACAACAGAAUCUAAUUUUUUAGUUUGAAGAUAGAGUCUUUAAUUUCCCCAUUGUCUGUUUCUGUUUUAAGUAUACUUCACAGUAGGGAUUUUUUGGGUUGGCUUAAUUAUGUCACCAGCUUUUUUUUUUUGUCUUGGACCCUUGCUUUGUUCGAAAUUCAAAUAUACAAAUCCUUAUUAACUUUUAUUGUUCUAAGUAUCAUUGCCAAAGGUUUUGCUUCAUUUUAAUGCCAUUUAAUUAUUGCCUAUCCCAAUUUUAACACUGUCACUGUUAAUGAUGAAUCUGUGUCAUAGACACAUAUAAUAAAGGCUCUAAGGCCCACUUCAAAUGUCAAACUUCUGCUGUUUCUAAUUUGCAAUUGACAUAAAAGCAAAAAAGUUCUGCAGUGGCUUUAAACAUCUAUUUACUCUUGAAUGUAAGGCAGUCUUUAAGCAUGAUGCACCAGGGAAGAAGACAAGAUAUUUCGUUUUUCUGUGAUCAAAUUUACAGGGUUCUUGUGGCCCGGAAAAGUCAUGAAAAAGUCAUGAAAAUUUGUUUUCAUUUUCCAGGCCUGGACAAGUCAUGGAAUUUUGUCAUAAUGACUAAAGUGAUGGAAUUUUUCAAACACUGUGUGUGAUUCCUGUUAUCAGAAACAAGUGCGUAAAAUGAGAAAUUUUUCUUUUUAACUUUAGAAGUUCAACUAGUCCAAAAAAUUGCAUUAUUGGAUCAUGGAUUUAUAUAAUUUGGUCAUGGAAAAGUCACGGAAUUUAAUUAUCCUUCUGGUGCAGGAACCCUGAAUUUAUUGAAGGUGAUAUUAAGAGAGUUUUGAUUAUCCUUUCAAAACUCCUGCUGCACCUUUCAAGAGAAAAUUUCACAAUCUCCAAUGAUCUUGUCGGAUUGACAUUUGGUCAAAGAUGUAAGUUGGCCAGAAGUAUAAUUCUGAAUGCGAAUUCAGAGAAAAUGAUGAUUCAUAAACUGACCUUGGCAAUGUUCCUUUCUCACAUUAGACAAGAUUAGAGUGAAACACUUACAUAAAUCCCCAUCUCCAAGGCAUUGGUCGGGAUAUGCUUGUGAAGAUUCUCCAGUGGAGAUUGUAAUCGUGCUGUUGCCGAAAACUGACCAAUAUUGUUGGUGAAGUUUGAAAAAGUUUGUGAAUCCAUCAUCAGAAAUUUGUUGGGUGUGUCAGUCACUAGCAGGGUUUUCCAAAAACCAAAGACUAAAAUAUUAUAUAUUGGUUUUAAUGCUGAACUGAAUUGGAGUGGGUGCAUGCACAUUUUCAAAUGGUCCCAGUACAAUUCUGACUUGGGACAUGCCAAUUGCAUCAGACACCGCAGAUACCCAACGUUUGAAGCCAUGCUGCUCUUCUGCCGUUAAACCAGCAAGACCUGGCAAACUUCAGCAGACAGUCAGCAGUUGCUUUAAACGUCGACUUUCUACCGUGUCUAAUUCAAAUUCUGCACCAUUUGAAUGAGACAUGGCAGAAAUUUGACAUUUGAAGUGGGCCUAAGAAUCCCUGAACCUAAUUCUGAAUGGAAUUAUUUUAGUAAAUAUCUGGCAUAACAGGGCAAUGAAGGAAUGAGAAUUGAGUGCAAUGUAAGUUGGAGAAGAAUGCUCUAUAUAAUGUUUAAUACAGUGUACAAUGUUGACUGCACUGUGAAAUGCCAGAUGGACUUGUAUGUAAUGUACCACCAGGUGACAUAGGAGUUCCAAGGAAGGUGUGGGGGAUUUACCCAUCCCCCUCCAACAUAUGGCACAAAACAUAGCUAAUGGGGGUUGGUCACAGAUGGAGUGUUUUCUGGAGGGCAAUAAGUUAAAUGCUUUAUACUUGGGAAUAGGCUUUGAGGCAGUAGUUUCAAUGAAACAGUAGAGCACUUUGUGUUCUGACAAAGGUUUAGUUCCCUUUUGCAGUUCAAAGUGGAUGGAAUAAAUUUGGCCUGGCCAGUUUUGACCUUGAAGCGGACGCUGAUUCUCAUUUCAAAAUAGAAAUCACUUCUCGGGUUGCAUUGCAUUUAUAGCCUUCACACUGGUACACAGUGAAGGUCAGGCUAUGGAGUGUUCAAGACAUGGCUAAUGUGAUGUACGUACAGUGUUCUUCCAGUUGAUUGUGUUUGUAUCACAUAUUAUGUUUGGGGUGUCCCAAAAAGGAAACCUAGUUAUCAUUUACCUUUCAGGACACCCCAUAUAGACUUUGUGCCCACAGUACAUCAGUCCAUGGUGCAGAAACCAUGUACACUUUAAGUCUUAUCCCAGUGUGACUAGGAGUGUUUAAGUACUGUUCACAUCAUGAGCAUUUGAACAGCAGUACAAUAAUUUUAUGAAAUGUGAAUGGGUGGCCACUUCUAAUUCCUUGUAGCUUUUUAUUACAUGUAGUGGGCCCUUUCUGUGAGUUGUACCUCCCACCAAUCUUCCCUGUGAGUGAAAAGCUUGAAAUUAUAUUUCAGAUCCAUGGAGUUUUAUUCUGUUUGUAGUUGUCUUUGGUUUUUUUUCUGUAAAAGGGAAGAGUUUUGCACCUGGUGGUUGUGGAUUACAGGAUUUUAUUUCAACAGGGAAAUCAAAUAGUUUUACACUGUGAGAAUCAGCUCUGCGUUCUGGUACAUUAUUGUUAUUAUUACUAUUAAUAUUAAUGGCAUGUUAUUUUCGAAUUUUGUUUGGGUAGGUCACCAAGGUUCUAUAAACCACAAAUGCAUAUAUGACUUUUCUUUGACUGUGUUCAGAUAAAUUGAUGAUAAAUAUUGCCAUAAUAAUGUACAUGUUACAAUUACACAGAAAUCAGUGUAUCUAAGUCUUGCAGCAUGAACUAAGAAUGGUUUUCUUUGUUUAUUCCAUAUUGAAUUUACUGUGCAUGUUCUCUUUCAGCACUUCCACUGAUGUGUCAAAAUGAAUGUAAUACAGAGUUUAGACUUGCUUAUCUUAUUUUUUAAUGAAAGCAGUUACAGGAUGAGUUAUACUUACUUCUUGUUCUGAAUACCGUAUGCUUAACAGAAAGGCUAUAAUCAUGUUUAAGCUAUGCUUGUUUCAUUGCUGCCAAGUCAGUGAGACUUAAAUUCAAACCUUUUGAUACAAAUUCAUUCAAACUUCUCACGUGGCAAUGCUGGAUAUAAAAAUAAUCUGCUUGUGGUGUGCAUUCCCAACAUUAUUUUAGAAAAACAAUGGAUGAAAACAGAAAAAAAAACAGAUGCAGUAGACAAAAUAGAAAAUUGGGAUUUGAUCCUUGGCAUAUUGCAGGUGUUAUUUACAUACCAUCAAUAGUGUGAAUGGUAUUCUCAUCUCAAAAGUUGCUGGUACCUUAUUCUGCUUGCAAAUAUGUGGGCUGGUAAUUUUCCCCCAAAUGAGUGGUAGUUUGAAGUUGAAUAUAUUAUUCUAGAUGCAAGUUCGUGUGGACGCAAACCAAUAAAGGCUUAAAGUCGAA